AAAGGUCAAGGGGUCUGAAUACAUUCCCGAAUGCCACUGUAUAGCGAAUAGUGUGUCAUUUGGUGCGCAUUCCUUGUCUGUACACAGUGUUACAGUGGAGGGGAAAAUCUACUGGCCUGACAGUCCCGUGGAAGCUUGGUAGCUGGCUCUGCCAUGGGUCACACAGGUUCAAUGGGCCAGAGAGGAUUAGAGUGAGGCAACACUGCCGUUAACUAUUCUGUUUCGUGAGGGCUGGUCCCAAAUGGCAACCUAUAGGGCUCUGGUCAAAAGUGGUGCACUAUAUAAGGAAUACAGUGCCAUUUGGGACAGUGUCACCAAGACAGGCUUUAGGUGUGGGACAUUCUGAUGUUUCUAUUUGACCUAUUUUAAUUGGUUUUGUAUCCCAAACACAUCAUACAUUUUGGUGUAUUUGAAUGAAUGCAAAAGGAAAGGUACUGUAUAAUAAUCUAAUACAUAUUGUUCUUUAUCUUGGAAAAUUAAUUAGGAAAAUAGUAGUUUUUUAUAUGUCCUGUGAGAGUCUUCUUUAGCACAUCCGACUUUGUUUUUAUUCGUGACCAUUGGCCUGUGUGUGAUUUCCUCUUUGAUCAAACCACCUCUGGCGGCUUCUAGCCAUUGACCCAUGCCGUGUGUUUGUAAAGCAAGUCUCUAGCCCCGAGCGAAAGCCUGCUUUUGUCUGUCCUCACAAGACAAAGCUCUUUGCUUUGGUGGACCAGAGAGGCUCAGGUUGACUCCAACCCAUUCAGAAAACAGAAACUGGAGUAAGGGGAAGCAGGUGAUGCUAGACACGACCACAGCGGUGGUAGUUUUUCAUGCAUUGCUGAUUUCUGACAGACCAUAAAUCGAAUCGCACAGACUGCACAAAGAAAAGGGGGAUGUUUGAAAAGAAGAAAAAAAACGUAAGCAGAUUCCUUUUCCCGGCCGCAGCAGAGCAGACAAACAGUUCACAAGAAAUAUAAGAGAUAAAAAAUGAAAAGAAAGUGAGCGAGGGCUGUGAUCGACGAACACAGGUUCGCCAUAGUCACAUGGUGUGGAUUUCCGCUUUGACACAUUUGCUUUCAGCAGCACAGCAGGGCAGGGACACACCACAUACGACACAUGCAGAGUUACUGUACGGAACUAUCUGUAGCAGAGCUGCAAUAUGGUGCUGUGAAGAGAGAGCGCUCCACUCAACCAUGCAAUCCACCACGAACCUCAACAGGCUCCUGCGACAGAGCAGGCAAGACAGUUACAUUAUGGAGGGCUCUCUGAGGAAGAAGGGUCGUCUGUGGUAUCAGCGCUCUCUGAAGGAACCCCAUAACAAAACCAGUCAGAAUGGGGGGACUACUCCCGGGACUCUGCCAAGAGGCUGGAAACAGUCCAACAGAGCCCGCUCAAACUCCUUAGUGGAUUACACUGACCCUCAGAGGACUACCAUUAUGUUGCAAAAGCAAGACAAUGAGACUUUUGGAUUUGAAAUUCAGACGUAUGGAAUGCAGCUGAAGAAAAGCAUGGCGGUGGAGAUGUGCACGUUUGUGUGCAAGGUGCAGGAGGACAGCUCAGCUGAGAGUGCAGGUCUGACCGCCGGUGAUGUUAUCGUCACCAUCAAUGGAGUCAGCAUUGAGGGGUCAAGCCAUCAGGGCAUCGUUGACCUGAUUCGAGAAUCCAACAACCUAUUACGGAUGGAGACGGUGUGUGGGACGGUGGUGAAGAGGAUUGAACUGGAGAAGAAGUUGAGCUUGCUCAAGCAAACCCUGAGAGAGAAAAGGGUGGAGUUGCAAGCACUCACAUUACAGGAAAAAUGUCUUACGCGAGGUAACCUGAAUGACAGUUCUCUACACCCCUCUAUGGACUCCCUGAUGUCUCCAAUGUCUCUGUCAGGACAUAGUGGCCACCGCGGCCACCGCUUCUCCAGUGACAGUAGCUGCCAGAGUGGGAUGACGGAGGACAGUGACCUGGCCAGUGUGUUUGGCGACCUGGGAUCCCCGAGCCCCUGCAGUGUGGCCAGUCCAGACGAUAGUUGCUUCUUCUCCAGAGACUUCACCGAGGAGGGGCCCCUCAGGCCCCCAGCCAGCCUCAGCCGUACCCGCAGCGGUAGCCUGUCCAGCCGCAGCAGUUCCCUCUCCUCCCCCUCCCCCACGUGGGAUGCCUCCAGAGUCUCCUCCCUGUUUGGGACUCUCCCCAGGAAGGCCAGAAGAGCCAGCGUCCGCAAACACAUCCUGAAGUUCAUCCCUGGAUUCAACCACUCAGUGGAGGAGGAGGACACCUGAACUGAGCUAUGAACGAACACUACAGUACGUCUUUGUGUGAUGUGACGUUCAAUACAAACAUUUCUCGCUGAGACAGUCCUAAUAUGGAUGCCAUACCUGGACUCGGGAAGAGACACAUACUAUAUGAGCAUUUUGGACAUGAGAAGCAUUAGGAGGAAGCAAGCAUUCUCCCUUUGAAAAAAAGCCUUCAGUUAUCUACAGAUACUGUGUGCAUGAUGGACUGCUUUGGUGUUGCACUUUCACACAACCAUUUUCAGAGGAUUUGUUCUUGACCAAAAUCCUAGAGGAAACAGCGUCAAUUCUUAAAAUUGUAACACUUCUUUGUAAUAAAGAAUGCAGUUAUUUGUAAUAAGGAACGCAAGAACUCAGUUCAUGUGUGUGCAGCCGAUGAAACAAAGAUUGUGCUUGCCAUUUCUAAAAUUGUGACCAUUGGAGGUAGGGUGAUAACUAAGAGAGACUAUGAAUGAAAAGGCUCGAUCUUCCUCAAUUAAACAUUUUGCUUGUAUAUAACUUAAGACAUGUAUGCGUUGCAUAUUUACAUGUGAUCAAACAAGUUAUUGGACAGCAUGUCUGUCAGUUUUGUCACGUAAAAAAGUGUGAGUUCUUAGCUACGUGGUUAACUGCACAGUUCAAAACAGGAUGUGGGCAGAGAAGGUGCUACGUUCUUCACUAUUUCUGUUCCCAUUGCCACAUUUGGCUUGCUUAUGUAUCUACAACUUUCUGUCUUGAUAAACUACACCUGAAGUUUCCUGUAAUUCAGGACAUUUUUCAGUAACUUGGAGUGUCGUGUAAUGUAAUUUGUUUUAUGCUUGCUGUCUUCAUAUUGCUGCUUUUAUUAAGGUUCAAAGCAAAUAUGUUUUGAAAUUCUCUGAACACAAGUGACCUGUAAAGAAAUGCACAAAUAAACUGUCACUCGUCACAUA